AUGGAUCAAUCUUUUGACUUGCCAGAUUCCACAGACUGGCUCGCAUCGUCCCUGCCUUCCGUUGCGCCGCUUGAGUCCGCUUUGCGAUGCCAAAUCUGCAAAGACUUUUUCAACAACCCCGUUAUCACAUCCUGCUCGCACACCUUUUGCUCUCUGUGCAUUCGAAGGUGCCUGAGCACUGAGGGGAAAUGUCCAGCCUGCCGAAGCUCAGACCAAGAGCUCAAACUAAGGCGCAACUGGGCUGUUCAGGAAAUCGUAGAAAGCUUUCAGAAUGCUCGACCGCAUGUUCUUGCGCUUGCACGACAGACCCAGACUGCGACGAUAGCCGAAGAGAAUAUCGACUUGCCACAACCCGCGACUAAAAAGAGGCGUCUAAAUGAACCGGAGGAGGCUAAUGUUCCCGCCCAGCAAGACGUGAGGAGGACGAGGUCGUCGCAGAGCAGACAACUCGAGCAUCCUGCUACACCAGCAAUACCCGAUGCAGUGGACGACAGUAAAGAUGAAGAUUACGUACCGGAUGACGGCUUGGUCCCAUGCCCAAUGUGCAAUCGGCGAAUGAAAGAACAGGCCGUCUUCAACCACCUGGAUACAUGCAAAGGCCCGACCGAAGAACGAAUACCACAGCAUCAUAGCCCGUUCAUACGAGCAUCUCCACAGCCAUUCCAAAGUCUACGAACUCGAACCCCUGCUAAAACACCAGAGCGUCUGCCAACGCUCAAUUAUUCACUGUUCAAGGAAAACGUCCUGCGUAAAAAGAUGAAAGAACUAGGCAUCCCAGAUUGGGGUCCGCGGGUGCUCCUGCAGAGACGUCAUACGGAGUGGAUGAAUCUUUGGAAUGCCAACUGUGACGCCAAAAUCCCCAAGACCAAGGAAGAACUUCGCCGUGAUCUAGACGUGUGGGAAAGGUCUCAGGGUGGUGCAGCACCACAGUUUGGAAUACCAACAGGGCCAAAUGCAGUGAUGGCCAAAAGUUUCGAUGCGGCUGCCUGGUCUGCAAAUCAUGAUGAUGACUUUAAGCGACUGAUUGAAAACGCGAGGAAGAAGAAAGAAAACAAGAAUGCUCCGGCGCAAAAGGCCCCGGAAGAAGCUAGAGAUAGCUAUACCAUACAGCCAGAAAUCAACAUUGACGGAGAAAGCCAUAUGCCUUCUACUGCUGAAGGGCCGAUGGAGGUUGGUGAAAUACCAGGAAAUGGGCCAUAUAUCCCUUUCGUCGUGAAUGGAGACGUUAGCCAUCGUGCUGAGGGGGACAGUAGUAGCUAUCCGCCAACAUGA